AUGCAUUAUAAUUAUAAUAUUCUUUGGGGAGUUUGUUUGGUUGUUUGUUUUUUUUUUGUUUUUUUCUUAAUUUAUAAAUUUUGGGCAGCUGUAUUGAAUUUUGAGGAAGAUGUAGCAGCAUACACCAUAAGAGCUGCAGUAGAUCCAAGAGUAUGCAACAGAGUGAUAAUCUACAGGCCACCGGGAAAUAUUGUUUCUCAGCUUGAUUUGGUAUCUUCUUGGGAGAAAAAGACUGGAACUAAACUCCAAAGGACUCACAUUCCUGAGCAAGACAUAAUCGAGCUGUCUGAGAGCUUACCUUUCCCGGAAAACAUACCUGUGGCUAUCCUUCACAACAUAUUUAUCAAAGGUGAUCAAGUGAGCUUUGAGCUCACCGCCAACGACCUCGAGGCGUCGGCACUGUACCCAGACUACAAGUAUACUCCAGUUGAUAAGCUCCUGGAUUUAUGCUUGGUGAAUCCACCCAAGCCUAAGCGAGCAGCAUUUGCUUAAGUUUUAUGAUCCAAAACUAGUUAAUAUUAUUGUCUUUCGAGGUUGGAAAAUUCCUAAAAUUUAUGCAUAAAGAUGCAGUAAGUUUCAAAUUCGAAUUAAAAUGAGCCUUUCGGUUGGAUUUUAGAGCCAAACCCACAACAAUUGGGUUGUGCUCAUUAGCCGAGGUUCAUACAGUUGGAUAAUGAAUAAAUAAAUAAAAUAAAAUUUAAUGGUGUUCUACUUCUA